AUGCCGAAGAAUACAUUAUAUGUUACAGGGUUCUCAAAAGAUACUAAAGCCGCUGAUUUGGCCCCUGAUUUCGAGAAAUUCGGUGAAUUAGUGAGACUCGAUAUCCCACCACCAAGAACUGACGACGGUGAAAAAUAUGCAUUCGUUGAAUACAAAACUUUAGAGGAUUGUGAAAGCUCAAUGGAAGCUUUGAACGGUGCCAAAUUACCAUAUUCAUUGAAUGACGGUUUAGUCGUGCAAAUGGCAAGAUCUGAUCCUUACCCUUCCAGACGUGGCCGAGGAGGUUAUCCAAGAGGUGGAUACGGUUAUGGAAGAGGUGGUUACUCCAGAGGUGGAUAUGACUACGGAUAUGACGAUGGAUAUGGAUAUGGUGGCUACGAAAGAGGAGGUUAUGGUAGAGGAGGUUAUGGAUAUGGUGGAUAUGGUAGAGGAGGAUAUGAAUCAAGAGGAAGAGGCUACGAUAGAGGUGGAUAUGGAGGAUCAUAUAGGGGAAGAGGUGGAUAUGGCAGAGGUGGAUAUGAAGGAAGAGGUGGUUACGAAGGAAGAGGUGGUUACGAAGGAAGAGGUGGUUACGAAGGAAGAGGUGGCUACGAAGGAAGAGGAUAUGAAACAAGAGGAGGUUAUGAAAGCAGAGUUGGUAAUGAAGGUAGAGGAAGAGGUGAAAGAGAUUCUUACGAAGGCACAGCUAGUGGCUCCGGAUCAAGGGGGAAUUAUUCAAGAUCUCCCUCAAGGUCGCCCACAAGAGAUAGAUCAAGAUCACCUGAUAGAUCUUAA